ACGUCGCUCGCGUAAUGACCUUCGUCGGUUCGCCUUUCUUCGACGAGCCGAAAAAACGCGUAGCAGAGAGCGAGAACCAUGGCGGCGGUACUAUUGGCGAAAUUGUGCUUUCGCUGUGUCGUGCGCUUUUCUGACCGAGAGUACAUGCGCUGAAGGAAAAAUACCAACGUGAUUGAAUAGGACGAGAAAAUGAACCACUGCAGUGGAUCUAGUGAUGACACCGAUGAAGGCGAUGAUCAGGAGGCGUCUUCCUUGAGACAAGAGGAGACAAAGAUUGAGGAUGCCUUAACAUCUUUCAGGGAACAGUGGCAGCGAGAGUUGACAAUAUCACCCAAACGUGACACUCCGAGGUCAUAUUCACCAAAAGAGCCUAACAUUGAGGUCACUAGCGAUGAGGCCUCAAUUGAAAGCAGGGCGAAGAAUCUAUUCCUCAAAGGUAUCGAGCACGAGCAGAGCAGAAAAUUUUAUGAGGCUAUUCAGUUUUAUAAGCGUGCAGUGCAACUGGUCCCUGAUAUUGAAGUUCGUUUGUAUGAAUCAACAAAAACAAAAGUAAGGGACAAAUUUGAUACCGACGAUAGUUUGGAUACAUUAAACAAUGAUCUCUCAACAAAUGACAGUGAGAACUACUUUGAGGUUGAUGAAGAAGAAACUGAUUUAUUUAGCAAGUUGUCUAGAAUUGUAAAUCGCAAUCAAUGUGUGUGUUUCCCCAAAUUUGAGCAAAAUACAACACAUAUAUCUGCAUUGCCAACAGAAAUAGUGCUCUACAUUCUAAGAUGGGUUGUGUCUUCCGACCUAGAUUUUCGGUCGUUGGAAAUGUUCUCGAGAGUAUGCCGCGGGUUUUACAUAUCCGCACGAGACAAGGAAAUCUGGCGACUGGCUUGUGUAAGGAUAUGGGGUGUAAAUUGUGGUACCUGUGAGCCAAAGUACCAAUCAUGGAGGGAUAUGUAUUUGCAACGGCCUAGAUUAAGAUACAAUGGAUGUUAUAUUAGCAAAACCAGCUAUAUUCGUGAUGGAGAAAACAGUUUCCAGGAUCGUUUUUACCGACCGUGGCAUCUCGUCGAGUACUUUAGAUACCUGAGAUUUUUUCCCGAGGGAAGAGUCUUAAUGCUGACAUCCACCGACGAGGCUCAAAGCUGCGUGAAUUCUUUACGAAGCCAUGUACCUCGCAACUCAUCGGUUCUUAUCGGGCACUAUCGACUACACGAUAAUUUCGUUACACUGGUGCUGAAAAAGCAAGAGACUAAAACAGUUAAUUUCGCAUAUAGACGGAAUAAAAGGGAACCGGUACAUGACAGUGGCGAACAAACGUUUCAUAUUGAAUUCGAGAUACAGAACCACCAUAGGCGAGUGAAUUCGCAACUGAAGUGGGUCAGUUACAGUAUUUUCACAAAAUACAGAAACGGGAAUGAGGUGAAGCUUUGUUUGAAAGAACCAUCCGUAAGGGAAUUCAGGGUGUCACCGAUUGGCGGCAGGUAUCCGCCUCUUAAAUUCAGCAGGGUAAAGAGUUACACUCAGGAGAGCGAAGCCCCGUUGCAGUAACGAGUACCGUGACGAAAAUAUGUACGCGAGUAACGAAGAGUACAACAUUAUUCUUGCAGAAGAAAAUAGCGGAUGUAUUGUCGAAGUGUGUUAACUAUUUAAUGUAAAGAUAUGGAGCAUGCGAGGAUUUAAUUUCGAUUAUAUAUGUGUGUCAGCAUACACACACACAUACACAUGGCGCUUUGGAUCAUUAAUUAAAAAAGUACGUAUAUUUUUGAAGAUGUUUUAUUUCUUUGGUAUCUCUCACGUUGUAUUCUAUAACGGUCUCUAUUAGUACGCUGUACAACCUGUAAAUCACAACUAUCCUUUGAAGUGUAUUAAUUGCAUCGACG